AUGUUGUGUGGUCUCCUGGCUGGCGGAAUCGGCUUUGCCUUCACAUUCGGCCCCGUCACGGCCGAAAUUACAUUUGCCACGGAAGAGCGGUACGCGGACCGGGGAGCAAAACCCAUUGCUCUGGACCAUGUAUUGUACAACAUUGCUUACGCAGCAGAGGUCAUGACCGGGCCUCUGCUGGGCGGAUUCGUCAGCCAGAGUGCAGGAUUCGCGACCAUGGGAUGGAGUUUGGCAAUCAUCUCGGCCGUCACGUCAGUCUUGUGCGCGACCUUGAUUGGAGGGCCGCCCUUGUGGAAGAAGCGCCGCCGGCGUGCUGCGCAUCAAGUCACUCUGGCCAUCAUGGGCCGGUAG